UCCUUCCUUCCGGAAGUGACCGAAACUGCCAUCUCCGUUCCACACCCAGCUCACGCCUCUCCUGCCUUCGAACCUCUCUAUUCACGCGCACCAGCUGCAAGCCAAUUCUCCAUCCCCCCUCGCCUCAAACCCACCCAACCCUGGGCUCGCUGCUUUCCCCUCCCUCCUGACCCUCCACCGCCGCCGCCUUGACGACCACCGCCACCUGAGCGCGACCGUGAGGAUGGACGAGGAGCCCGAGUGGCGGAUCAGCAAGGAAGCCGCGUACGCGGCCACCUACUUGUUCUACGGCCGCGUCCCGCCCGGCGGCGAGGCCGCCGCGUGGGGACGGGGGCGGAGGCCGGAGGAGGACCAAGCCGGCGCAGGCGUGUGGGUCCAGGUCAUCGCCAUCCUGUGCGGGCUCGGCACCUACUUACUAAUACUCGCCACCAUGCCGCCCUACUACUUCACCGCCGUGACCCAGCGCACCGCAGCCACCACCGGCACCGCCGUCGCGCUGCUUCCGACCUGCCUGCCAAUCGCCCAUGGCCCGCCGAUGUGCUACGAAUGGGAUAGGCCAGCCAUGGCGCCGCCGCCGCUGGGCAGUAGUGGCUCUGGAGACAGCGACAGGAGCGACAACGAUGAUGAAAAGGUCGCCAUGGAGUGCUUCUAUGGUCUUAUACGUGAAGCCACCAGGACCUGCUAUGGAUGGGAGAAACCAGCCAUGGCGCCACGAGGCAGAGGUUCUGGAGAUAGCGACUGGAGCGGUAACGAUGACAAGGCCGCCAUGGAGUGCUUCUAUGGUCUUGUACGCGACACUGCCAAGAUCUGCUUCGGUUGCAGCCAUGACACUGUUCGUCCGGACGGUCACGGUAAUGAUGAUCCGCCUCCAACAUGCCCGAGAACUGCCAGUGUCCUAAUGGCUAUGAGUGGCGCAACUGAUGGAGCCACUACUGAUCGCUCCUGAUGUUUCUGCUACUACUAUGCAGCUGCUUUGAGGACAAUAAUACUCUUAUGUUCCUUUUAUCUGUAUGAUACUACCGUGCUUAAAUCAAGCGGUCAUGAACAGUAAUCGACCCUGCUUUUCGAUCGUACUCAGUUCAGAAGGCUUAAUUUAUCCAUGCGAGAGGAAGGCAUGUGUGCCGUGGAGUGAGGAUUCAUCUAUGCUUCAAACCCUUUGCCUGCUAUUGCUUUUGCUACUUAAUUAGUGGUUGUUUUCAUGUUGAUUAUUGGUGUGCAAGUAACACCAUCAGUGUGCGCAAAUUUAUAUAUGGUACUGAUCUUUUACUGCAUAAUGUUGUCACUUAUAUA